AUGGCAUCUAGGUCCACUGCAACCAUGGGUGUGGCGCUGGGCGCCAUGGGCGCAGCCUCCUUCGUAGCCCAGGCCUUCGUGGCACCUUCGGCAGCACCCGCAGCACCUCAGCUUCGGGGAGCCUCCGAGGUGUCUGAGAAGACCAGCGGACGUAGCCAGGCAGUAGCGGCCACAGCAGUCGCAUCUGCAGCCCUAGCGCUCGCUUCCAGCGGCCGCCGCGCCGGUCGCGGGGCGGCGGUGGCCAGAAAGGCAGAGGCUACAGGGGCCACAAAUGAGAAGCCUUUCGCCGGAGGCCUCAUCGGCGGGGAGUCCGCCUUUGCCGGGCAGGAGUUCAACUUCGACCCACUGGGCCUCUCCGUGAAGUGCGAGAAGUACCUGCCCUGGUUCCGGGAGGCGGAGCUGAAGCACGGUAGGAUCGCGAUGCUGGCCUUCGUUGGCCUCGUGGUGCCGGAGUUCGUUCGCGUCCCAGGCCCAGAUGCAUGCUACGCAGCCAAGACCGUCGUGGAUGCCCACAACGCCUGCGUGGGCAACCCACCCUUCCCGUUCCUGGUGAACGCAGAGGACAAGGGCGACUUAGUAGGGGUUAGUAGGAUCUGGGGUCCUUGUGAGUACAGCCCAUGCUAUCGAAGCUGA